UUGGUGAGGAUGCACGUAAUCAAGAAAAGAAUAAUAGUACAUGGAGAUGACAUUGAAAAUCAUGUGGAUUAUGCAGGGAAAAUGAGCAACUCUAUAAUUAUAAAGAUUCAAAAACAGCAAGAGCAAUCAUGUUGAUUGAGCUCAAGAAGCUUUGUGAGGCAAAUCCCCUUUUCCGUGAUAAGUUACAGUUCCCUAACAUUAGAGGUUCAAGAUUAAGGAUGCUCAUUAACCAAAGCUUGAAUUGGCAACAUUCACUUUGCCCAAAUUCUAGACAGAAUCUUGAUAUAAGAACCUUCUUUGUGGAUCAUAGUUGUAAAAAUUCCAAUGAUUCACUUGCACAACUAGCUGCAAGCAACCAGUUGAUAGGUUCACCAACAAAAAUGGAAGGUUUUCUUCCAUUGGGAACAAAUGUGUCAUUCCAAUCCACAUCAGUAGAACUUCAAACACCUCUCACCACAUGGAUGUCUAAUCUGUCAACCCGAACUCAUUCAGCAGUUUUUGGUGGUGGUAUUGAUUUUGGGAGGGUAACAAAUCCAAGUAAUGACGCAAAUUAUUCAUCAACCCUUUAGAGCCUGAGUAAAGUUCAUACGUUAUACAAUCUCAGGGAUAAAGAGGCAUCCAUUGUCAUUCCUAAAUGUAUAUUAUUUUCUUGCUAUAGCUGCAAUUUCAAAUGGUCUUGGGAAUUCUGAUGAAAUGUACAAAACACGGUUCUCUGGGGUUUUAGACCGGGUAAGUUUAAUAGCAUGAC